AUGCUUAUCCACACCGCAGUUGCCUCCCUGGCGCCUAGGCAGGCAAUGCGGCACAGGAAAGGCAGGCAGAGGAAGGCCGUGUCGCUGACGCCGCCAAGUGACUUCCUGUCCGGCGGAGACAGAGAGGUGCUGGCCUCCUACACGGCCUUCAGCUACCAGGGCAACUUCUCGGACGUUGUCUGCAGGCUCAUGGACACUCUGCCUCACCAAUCUCCUGCAUCGGGGAUGGGCCGGAAACGGCUUGGGCGCGACAGAGCAGGAGGAGGGUCGCGGACGGACGGGGGAGGAGGGCUCACGGGGAUCGAAAGGGUCCGCCACCACGACGGAGACCACGUCUUCUAUCUCUACGUGACAGCCGAGCUGGGCAUCCUUUGCGUCACGGACGGCAUUCCGGUCGAUCAAGAGGUGUUCGCGUACCUCGCGCUCGUGGAGGAGGCCGUUUCGUCCGCGGUGGCCCCCCUGCGGAGAGCGGCGGACGCGGAGACAGUGCGUAGGGCGGCGUCACUCGCUCUUGUCGAGAGCAUGAACACGUGGACGUCCCAGGUCGAUGGCGGGGGCCGCGCCUCGCCCGACCCCCGAUCUUCCCCCACACCCACUCGAUCGACGACUCCCAUCAGCGGAGACUCCCGCAGAAGCAGCGCUUCGAGGCACUCCAAGAAAACUGGUCAGUGUUCGCUGGAACGGUGUGGCUGCUGCUCGGCUAAAGCGACGCACUGGGCGACGGACAUCCCACCAACGUUCGAGUGUGGCAGCGACUUGGAGAACGCCCGCAUGUCUCGGCGGCGUCUCUUAAGCAGAAGGCGCAUGGUAGGGGGGGGGGUGUCGUGUUUUGUCUGUGAGGGGGGUCCGCGGUAG